AUGUGGACACACAAGCCAUCAAAAGCGGCUGGAGACCGAGAGUUUGUCGAGGAGCGAGUCUUACCAGCAGUGAUUCAAACGGUCGAACAUUUACCAUCCGCGGAUAAAACGAUACCGGAGAACGUAAUUGGGAAAUUGCAUCUCGACAAAUAUUUAAAAUCGGAAAUACAAAAGUAUGACGGUUUGUUUAUGGAUAAGGCGAUUGACAAGCUCAUUGAGAAUGCUGAAGACGUAGAGAGGCUGUUUCAUUUUGAGGACAUGCUAGUUUGGUUUGGCAACAAGUCACCAGAAGAUCAAAAAGUUGCGAUUGAUUGUUUGGUACAGAGGUUGAAAAAGCAUCCGCUCACCAAACUUCGUUUACCCACUAUUUUUGCUGAUAAAAAGCAAAAUGAUUACCUAGAUUAUCACUUCGCAGACGUCGUGGAAAUGAAAUGGUGGGUGAGCCUAUCAACAAAUGAGAUGUACAAGUGCCUAGACCUUAAAUAUAACAGAAACCACGAACUGUUUGUGAUACAAGUGGGUAAUUCGAUUUGGAAAAAAAUCAAUGGGUUGGGAGAAGAGGAAUUUAGCACAUUUAUGCUGACAAAAAUGCGAGAGCGAUCGAAGGAUGAGAUUAUGUGGGCUCGAAUUAUUAACGAUAUACGCAUUGAUGGACACCCUAAUUUCCCACUUCACAGAAUAUUUGAUGGUCUUGUUCGGACGAAUGAUCAAGGUGCAGGUAACCGCAGACCUUUCGAGGCUGUCGAACUCUUGACGAGUGUUCAGUUUUCGAGAAUGUUUGCUUCCGCAAUACAUCCCGAGAAAGUUAGCGAUAUGGUGUGGGAGAAACUACACUAUUGGUCGAAGGAUGAACUCAUGUGGGCAAACCUGGUUUACAUACUGAAAUUUCACGAAGAAAAACCCGCCGUCUUUGACGCUGUGAUUCGUCCACAGAAUAAAGAAUUAUAUGAUCCAAACUUAUACUCACCCAGUAAGGCUAUUCAGGAUUUGACGGGUCCAGAAUUCUUGGAGCUGUAUGAAAAUUUUAAACUGCCUGCUGAAAGCGCAGAACUACUCGUUUGGCUAAGUGGAAAAUCAAACGAUAAACUCAUGUGGGCCAAACUGUUGUUCAUGUUGCGUAACCACGACGAAGUGUCCAAAUUUGCUCGUGAUCUGUUGGAGUCUAUUCUGCGCUCAUGGACAAAAGAGUCGUAUUCAGCUAAAUCUAAUCAACUUUACCGGAUGAAAGAGGUCUUGACGAACUUUCGAUUUACCGAUUUACGACUAUACGCGUAUUUCUCGAGUGACAACCCCGACGCAUUUAUACUAAAAAGGUUGCUUAUGCUAUGGCCAAAUGAAGAGAAGUGGGCUUGCGCUCUCAAUAAUCUGCAAAAUAACGAUGUGCAAAAUCCUUUUUCAGGUGUGCUUGGUGCUCUUCUCCACUCAUGGAUCGCAACGCCACAACAUGCAGCUGCGGAGAAUGAUCGAAUACUUAUCGACGCUUUUGGUUUUUUGCUUGAGAAACUGCUCGCAAUCCGACCCCGUUCAGCAAUUCGUGACACUGCACAAAAAAUGGAAUACAUGUGGGCCGCGUUUCUCUAUAAGCUGCAAGAAGAUGAAACCUUGACCAAGACAGCUUCUCCAGUCCUUGAUAUUCUUGUUCAAAUCCAUAAGCCGAACGGAGCAAAAAUCGUUGAGAUCAAGUCAACUGUCAAUACUAUAAAAACACAAGUCUUCAAGAAAGCGAAAAGCAAUCCUGUGGUGAAUUUACGAAUUCUGAUGUCAGAUCCAAUCACGUGGGCUAAAGUGUUGUAUCUUCUUCAAAACGUUGAAUCCGAGGAGCUCAAGCCUCAUUUUUCCAAAUUACUAACGACCCUGAUUCAUACAUGGACGACACAAUUUGAUUCCCAAAAUGGUGAAUUGCUUUUUUCAAGUGAUGAUUUUGGCGAGUUGAUGGUGUACGCACGCUUUUCGGGUGACAAUCCCAACGUAUUACUGCUGAAUAGUUUGCGAGACCAGGUGGACGAUGACUUGACGUUGGCUCGCCGUUUAGAUGAAGAAAGGAAGACGAAGUAUUUCUUAAGUGGUGUGUUGAGCGCUCUUUUCUGCUCAUGGAUUGGAAUGCCGUACAAUGCGGCAAGAGAAUCAAAUUUACUUGUUCUUGCUUAUGAGUAUCUGUCUAGUGAUGCUGUCAUUUCCUGGUGCAAACAGAACGAACAAUCGCAGGAUGUUGGUGGAAAGUUACUGGACAGACUUUUGGAGAAUUCGGUAGAUAAAGUCAUGUGGGCCAAGUAUUUAAACAAGCUACAGAACGACAAAAUCAUGCAUGAUAUUGUAUCCAAAGUGUUAGAAGCUCUUUGUCGAAAAUGA